GGGCGUGCACUUGCACGGCAGGAAGUGCAGACGAGCGAAAUUGAGGAUUGUGCAGAAAUUGGUGAUGUUAGACGAAUAAAGACACACACUUGAGCGGGAGUCAUGUCCUUGUUGGUUCAUCAUCCCUGAGGCGGACGAGCACACAAUCAUGGACGCAAGGCAUGCUGGGAGUGUGCAGGCGGUCGGCAGAAGAGACGCUGCAGUGUGGCAGCAAACACGCAGCCUCCUCUACAAGAACCUGCUCAUCAAGUGGAGGACCAAACAGCAGAGUUUGCAGGAAGUGAUCCUGCCGCUGCUGCUGCUGGCUCUCCUGAUCCUCACCAGCACACACAACCCGCACGUGUCCUACGGCGGCGUCGGCACCGUGGAGCUGGAGCACGAAGACCACAUCAUCAAGGGCUUGGGCUACACGCCCAUCACCAACGUGACCAACCACAUCAUGGAGGCGGUGGCCCAGGAGAUGCACAUGCAGGAACACUUGGAGAUGUUCGCCAGCGAGGAGGACCUGGAGAACGCCAGCCUGCACCAGCCCUCCAGCUACGUGGGCGUGGUGUUCAGAGACGCCUCGGCCACCUCGUACAGUCUGCGCUUCCCGUACAGCCAACUGCCGCGACCCAGCGACUUCACCGAGUCCAUGGACAACUGUGUCAGCAGCUCGGUCAACUGCCGGGCGGCUAACUACUGGUACUCGGGCUUCGUCCGCCUCCAGUCGCUGAUUGAUGCCGCCAUCAUCCAGAUGCAGACCAAGCGCUCCGUGUGGAGCGAGAUGGACCUGAAGGUGGUGAUGAUGGGCCAGCCGGGUUCUGUGGAGGUGCAGAAGUUCCCCCACGCCCUCAUAGCCAUCUACCUGGUCCUGGCCUUCACCCCCUUCGUCACCUUCCUCAUCGUGAACGUGGUGGCCGAGAAGGAGCAGCGCCUCAAAGACACCAUGACCAUGAUGGGGCUCUAUGACUCCGCCUUCUGGAUGUCAUGGGGCCUCCUGUACGCCGCUCUGGUGACCACCAUGUCCAUCUUGAUGUCGGUCAUCGCCACGUACACGGCGCUCUUCCCCAACAGUGACUUCUUCAUGGUCUUCUCCCUGGUCUUCCUCUACGGGAUAUCUUCUAUCUUCUUUUCCUUCGCGCUGACGCCGCUCUUCAAGAAGCCAAAGUUGGCCAGCACGGUGGGCUCCAUGAUGACGGUGGUCUUUGGAUGUCUGUCCCUCUUCACAGUCCUGAUGAAGGACUUCCCUCAGCCGCUGGUCUGGGUGCUCUGCCUGCUCUCCCCCACCGCCUUCGCCAUUGGCAUCGCACAGGUGGUGUAUCUGGAGGCCCAAGGAGAUGGAGCAGUGUUCUCCUCCCUGACUAACGGCCCUCACCCGCUCUAUGUGCCGCUGCUCAUGCUGCUUCUGGACUGCAUGCUCUACCUGCUGCUGGCCGUCUACCUGGACCAGGUGCUCCCAGGAGACUUCAGAAUGCGGAGGUCCUUGUUCUACUUCCUGAAGCCGUCCUAUUGGUCCAGGCGCAGCGCGCGCUACGUGGAGGUCAGCUCCGUCUACGACACGGAGGCAAACGGCGCUCCGAGCUCGGGCGAGUCCGUGGAGCCCAUUCCGCCGGAGUUCCGAGGCAAAGAGGCCAUUCGCAUCUGCAACAUCAGCAAGGUGUACAAGGACCGGGACAACACCGUGGAGGCUCUGCGAGGUCUGACCUUUGACAUCUACGAGGGCCAGAUCACGGCCCUGCUGGGCCACAGCGGCGCCGGGAAGUCCACCCUCAUGAACAUCCUGUGCGGCAUCUGCCCGCCCACCGACGGCUCGGCCUCCAUUUACGGCUCCCCCGUAGCCGAGGUGGCGGAGAUGAAGCAGCUGGUGGGAAUAUGUCCGCAGUUCAACAUCGUGUUCGACGUGCUGACCGUGGAGGAGCACCUCAGGAUGUUCGCCGCCAUCAAAGGGAUCCCGGCCGCAGACGUGGACGCCGAGGUGUCCAGAGUGCUGAAGGACCUGGACUUGGAGAAGAUCAUGACGGCUCAAGCCAAGAACCUGAGUGGAGGCCAGAAGAGGAAGCUCUCCGUGGGCAUCGCUGUCCUGGGAGAUCCGAAGAUCCUGCUCCUGGACGAGCCCACGGCAGGCAUGGACCCUUGCUCCAGACGCCAGGUCUGGUCUCUCCUGAAGAGCCGCAGGGCCGGCCGAGUCAUCGUCCUCAGCACGCACUACAUGGACGAGGCGGACAUCCUCGCUGACCGUAAAGCAGUCCUCUCCCAGGGCCAGCUGAAGUGUAUCGGCUCGUCCAUGUACCUCAAGAUCAAAUGUGGCGUGGGAUAUCACCUCAGGAUGUCCGUCAGUGGCAACUGCAACGCUGAGACCGUGUCCUCGCUGGUCCAGCAGCACGUGCCCAAGGCCAAGCUGGCUCGCCAACACGAGGCGGAGUUGACCUUCACGCUGCCUUUUGACAGCAUGGACGCCUUUGCAGCUUUGUUCUCAGACCUGGACUCUCGGCCCGGGCUGGGCCUCAUCAACUACGGCGUUUCCAUGACAACACUGGAGGAUGUCUUCCUGCGUCUGGAGGCGGAGUCUGAAGUGGACCAAGCAGACUACAGCGUCUUCAACCGGGACCCGAGCGAGGAAGAGGGCGACGGCGUCCCCUCAGACGACGCAGACCAGCGGCUGCUGUCCUUCUCCGACACGUCAGACGCGGUGUCGGGCCUGGCCCUGUGGCGCCAGCAGUUCAGCACGGUGGCGUGGCUGCACAUGCUCAACAUGUGGCGUGAGAGGAAGGCCUUUAUCUACACCCUGGCCUUGUUCCUGGUCUUUGUUGCCGGGGUGCUGCUCCUGUCUCUGACCACAGGGAACAUCCAGGUCCACUCGCGGGGCCGCCAGUUCCUGCCCAUCUACCUCCUGCGCAGGAACCAGCCCCCCCACAGAUACAGCACCAGCCUGCUGCUUCACAACUCCUCAGGCUCCGAUAUUUCCGACCUGGUUCACAACCUGGAAUCUCAGGACAUCAAGGUGGACGUGAUGAGGCACGACGACUACAUGGCAGCCGCGCCCCACAGCGCCGCCAUCAACGUCACAGGAUCCAGCAAGGGCUUCAGGUACAGCGUGGCCUUCAACAGCACCACGGUCCACUCCUUGCCCAUGGCUGUGAACAUUCUGAGCAAUGCGCUGCUGAGAGGUCUGAAUGGUAGCGGACAGAUCAGAACUUGGACCAAACCGUUCGACUACCAAAUCCCUGAAACCACGUCCUACGUGCUGGUUUUCAUCGAGGCCGUCUUGCUGGGAAUGCUGGCGGCCGGCAUGCCAGCGUACUUUGCCAUGGACCACACUCGAGACCGAGAGCUCAAGUGCCGCUCCAUGCUGCACGUCUCAGGCUUGGUGCCUUCAGCCUACUGGUGCGGCCAAGCGGCCGUGGACAUGCCCUUCUUCUACCUGGUCCUGUUCUGCAUGACCACCGUCUUCUUCUCCUUCCACCCCGGAAAGCUGCUCACCUACAGCAACCUCAGUGCAGUGGUCCUGUGUACUGUUGGCUUUGCCCCAGCCGUGAUCCUCUUCACCUACGUCUUCUCCUACGGCUUCACACGAGUGCAGAGCAACAAGGAUUUCUUCUCCGUCAUCUCCAUGAUGGUGUGUGUGGUGUCGGCCUCGCUGGUAAACCUGCCGCUGGUGAGCGACAACCCCGCCGUCACGAGAGCGCUGCACAUCGCCUUGUGCGUCAUCAACCCGCUCUACCCGCUCAUGGGCUGCCUCAACUGCAUCGCCAAGGCCACCUUCCUGCCGUCUUUCUACGAGGACAACUUCCUGUGGAACAACCGGCUCAUUGCGGUCUUGGCACCCUACCUGCAGUGUGUCCUGCUGAUGCUGGCGCUGCGCUGGCUGGAGGUGCGUCACGGGGGCAGGACCGUAAGGAAGGACCACUUCUGCAGGAUCUCAUCCAAGACCGGGACCAAAGUGGAGCGCAACCCGGAGGAGGGGCUGAAGGAGGACGAGGAUGUUGAGAUGGAGAACGCCCGAGUGAAGGAGGCGCUCAGCUGCCAGUCCUGUGAGGAGAAGCCGCUGGUGGUUGUGAGCAACCUGAGGAAGAAGUACAAGAGUCGCAGAGAAGAUGUGGCCCUCAACAAGAAUACAAGGGUGGCCACAAGGAAGGUCUCCUUCUGCGUCCGUAAAGGCGAGGUUCUUGGACUGUUGGGGCCCAACGGCUCAGGGAAGAGCACCAUCAUGCACAUGCUGGCCGGGGACCUGGAGCCCAGCGCAGGACAGGUAGGUGCUGCUUUUUUGAGACCUGGACAGUGUUCAUGGACGCUCCCACAGGUGCUGAUGACAGAUGAGGCCACGGACUCGCACCUGGGCUACUGUCCUCAGGCCAACCCUCUGUGGCCCAGGAUCACUGUGCAGGAACACCUGGAGAUCUACGCCGCCAUCAAGGGCCUGAGAGGACAGGACGUGCCCGCCAUCAUCAAACGUGUGCUGAGUGCGAUGGAGAUGCAGGAGCACGUGCACAAACAAAGCAAGAGUUUGUCAGGAGGACUGAAAAGAAAACUGUGCUUUGCGCUGAGUAUGAUGGGGAACCCUCAGGUGGUCUUGCUGGACGAGCCGUCAUCGGGGAUGGACCCCAAGUCCAAGCAGCGCGUGUGGAGGGCCGUGCGGGCCGCCUUCAGGAACCGGCAGCGCGGCGCCGUGCUGACCACGCACUACAUGGAGGAGGCGGAGGCCGUGUGCGACCGCGUGGCCAUCAUGGUGUCGGGACAGCUGAGGUGCAUCGGCUCCAUCCAGCACCUGAAGGCCAAGUACGGGCGAGGAUACAGUCUGGAGGUCAAACUCAGGGAAGAGCUCCAGCAGGGGGCGCUGUUGCACGAGCAGAUACUCCGAAUCUUCCCCCAUGCCGCCCGGCAGGAGAGCUUCGCUACAACCCUGGUGUACAAAGUCCCCAUGGUGGACGUCAAGUCCCUGGCCACGUCCUUCUAUGAGCUGGAGCGCGCAAAGCAGAGCUUCAACUUUGAGGAGUACAACUUCUCGCAGUCCACUCUGGAGCAGGUCUUUAUGGACUUCGCCAAGGAGCAGGAGAACGUGGACGACCUUGACGUGGGCUCGCUCAGCACCACCUUCCAGUGGCGCCGGCUACGCCAGGACUCUUCCGCCAACCACGGAGACAGCGUGGUGCACCAGCUGUGACGUACACGUCGUGUGGGUGUGUGUGGGGAUGGGGGUACCAGCCGCAAACACUGGUCUUGAGCGUUUUACGCGCCCCUUACCAAAGCAGCGUAUGUGCAGAACUGGUUUUCUUUUAGAAGCGCCAUGGGUCACCAGAGCAGUACAUGUAGCACACAUGAGGGGCGGGGCUUAACUCCUCCCUCACUUUUGUUGGAUUGAUACUUUUGAAUGUAAGCUCCAGUGGGAGCGGGUCUUGUGUGGUUUUGUCACCUACGUGUGUGUGUGUGUGUGUGUUGAAUGGACAAAUUGUCUUCUCUACGAAGAGGACACUUCAGUUGUAAUUGUUCUUGACCUUCGGGCGACAUUUUAAAUUCAGAAUUUUACACGGUGGACUUGAAAGUGAAUUUAAAGUGAAUUUAGUUUUUUGUCCUGAUCAUCUUGUGGAUAUCUGCAUGACCCAAACGUGACGAGGACAGGACUUUGCUAGCGUUGAAAGAUGCUCCUUUCAGCGGUAGUCACCAAGGUAAGUGUGCAGCAACAUUCUUCUUUUGUUUUUACAAACGGUGACGUUUCACACCACAUGACAAGUCAAGAGGUGUGACAUGCACACGGGGACAAGAUGGACGCCGCUGAUGUUUAUGAUUUGUGGUGUGUGUUGACGAGCACCACGUAGCCACCCAGGCAUCCAGUUGGUGUUUGACGCACCACCUAGGAAGUGGAGCAGGACUUUCUUGGUGCUGGUUCCCUUGCACUACUUUUAUACCCUUGAUAUUAUGCAAUCUUUGUGUUGUCUGAUGGACCUUUCAUCAAUAAAUAUUCACCCUAAUAA